GUACCAAACAAGGAAGGGUAGGGCCGUAGGGAUUGCCUUCUUUCUCCAGACCACCGUUUAACAAAUCGGAAAGCAGUUGCGACGACACCAUAGUUUCCGGUUAAACCAGAUAUCGAAAAUGGCGUGGAUGGGACAAUUAUCCAAGAAUCUGAAAGAGCUCCGAGUUCUCUUUUGUCAAACUUCACCUGCCAGUUCUUCCACGAGGGCGUUUGUUGAGAAGAAUUACAAGGAGCUGAAGAAAGCAAACCCUAAGUUGCCAAUACUGAUCCGCGAGUGCAGCGGCACUGAACCUCAGCUGUGGGCAAGAUACGAUAUGGGAGUUGAGAGAGGUAUUCGUUUGGAAGGUAUGACAGAGCCACAAAUCUCCAAGGCAGUGGAGGAGCUUGCAAAGGGUGGGGCAUCCCUUAAAUCCUAAACACCAUCUUCCCCCAGAUCUUUAUAAAUAACCUCAACAUCAAUUAUGAGGGUGAAUUUUCUUCUCAUUUUAACAACCCCACAGAUCUUGUAAUUUGUUGAAUUCUUAAUUGAAAACCAUGAAAGUUGCAUUGUUUUUAUGCCUUCAAUGAUCCUGCGUGUGUUUGUUUGGGGGCACUUGGCAUUUACCCAUCUGCAUAGGCCCAAGUGUUCAAACGUUAUUUAAAACCGCCAAAUUCUUUAUACCAUGAGAUAUAUUGGGU